GACCCUACAUAACCACUAUCCCUAAAUUUUUGCUAACUUGCCUCUUUCUAACAAAAGAAUAAAGCUUUAAGCUUUGAAGAGAAACAGAGCCAAACCCUUUCAAGCUUCUUCAUGGAGGACCUUCAGAGAUCAAGGUCUUAUGCAAAUGGACAAGUGAUGCAGAUGGAUAGCUUCUAUGUAGGAGCACCACCUAGGCCUUAUGAUCUCAGUCUCAGGAGUUACAGUUCCCAUUCCUAUGCACAGACUCAUCAAAUGGGUUAUAAUCCUCCUAAUGACUUCAAGUUCAAGAAAGGGAAAAGCUUUUCUGCUGGUUCUUCUUUAUCUAAGUCUUUGAGCCUUGCUGAUCCUGAGCUUCAGAGGAAGAAGAGGGUUGCUAGCUAUAAAAUGUACUCUGUUGAAGGUAAGAUCAAAGGCUCCUUCAGGAAGAGCUUCAGGUGGCUUAAGAACAAGUACUCUCAUGUUGUUUAUGGCUGGUAGUUAUUUCAUUGAUCAUAGCUGCUACCUGUAUAAUUAGAUUUCUCUUUACAAAUUUGAGUUGUGUUACCAGGAGAAUUGUAGAUUAAUAAUCAUUAAUUGGGUUUGUCAAGCUUUUGUUAGAUAAGUUACUUAUUGGGCCCUUAUACAUGCUGAUCAAAUUUUAUUGUU